UGAGGGGAGGUCGCGGGGUGGGCUGGUCAGCUCUGUGGGGUUGGCGGGGGCCGACUGGGCUGGCAGCCUCUGGUGCUAUCUGUCCUUCCGCCGCGUCCCGCGGGGGGCCAGCCGGCAGCAGCAUGGUGGAUGUGUUCAGCGGGCGGCUCCUGGUCGGCAGGGACGGCCGCAGCGUGGACCCCGAAGAGGCCCUGCAGAACAAGGUCGUGGGCUUGUACUUCUCCGCCGGCUGGUGCUCGCCGUGCCGCGAUUUCACCCCCGUCCUCUGCGACUUCUACACGGAGCUGCUGGAGGAGACCCAGCCACCCGCCCCCUUCGAGGUCGUCUUCAUCUCCUCCGACCACAGCGCCGAGGAGAUGUCGGGCUAUAUGCGGGCCAUGCACGGGGACUGGCUGGCGCUGCCCUUCCACGACCCCUACAAGCAUGAUCUGAAGAAGAAAUACAACAUAACAGCAAUUCCUAAACUGGUGAUUGUGAAACAAAAUGGAGAAGUCAUUACUGACAAGGGAAGAAAACAGAUCAGAGACAAAGGGCUGUCCUGUUUUCGAAACUGGCUUGAGGGUGCAGAUAUAUUUCAGAAUUUUUCUAGCUAAAAAGUUGGCAGAUGAAGGCAAGACAAGGCAUUAUGGAAAACUUUGUAGAGCUCUGGAAAGAUUGUUGCCUUGUUCAGAACAAGAGGGUAAGGCUUAUUUAUCUUUGCUUGUAGAUAAAUUUUGUUUUCAACUUGAAGAUUAGCUAUUCAAGCAAGUCAUAAAAUGUAAUUAUUAUUUUAUUUGUAUUGUCCUAUCUACUAUAUUCAGUAUUGAACCAAAGCAUUCCUGAUAAUACUGAAGAACUUCAGGAGGAUAGGCUGUUUUAGAUGGUAAUAAUAAAGCACUGUGAGAUCUAUGCAAACACUACUUUGCAAAAUCUGUACAGUAAAAAUUAUAUUUUUCUUGAUGACAGUUUUUUUUCUGGUGAUUAGCACAUUUUAUUAAGAAAACAAAUUUGUAUGCUUUAAUAAAUAACUGUUUAUGAAGUGUA